AUGCGACCAGGCGUCAGAAGUACCGUAGAACGCCUAGAUAGGCCCAGCGCCUACUAUCAGAACCGCAACAAGCGGAGACGCGAUCGCGAUGACGAUAGCAACCAACCACAAGAACCUCAGGCUGAUCCACUGGCCAAUGCCACAACCCUCUACGUGGGCAACCUGUCUUUCUACACAACCGAAGAACAAGUUUACGAGCUUUUCGCAAAAUGCGGCGAAAUCAAGCGCCUCGUCAUGGGUCUCGAUCGCUUCAACAAGACACCCUGUGGGUUCUGCUUCGUUGAGUACUACACACACCAGGAUGCUCUCGACUGUUUGAAAUACAUUGGCGGCACCAAACUCGACGAGCGUAUCAUUCGUACCGACUUGGAUCCUGGUUUCGAGGAGGGUCGCCAAUACGGCCGUGGCAAGUCUGGUGGCCAAGUGCGUGACGAAUACCGCGAAGACUUUGACGAGGGGAGAGGAGGAGUUGGCAGGGCGAUACAGGCCGAGGAACGAGACGAGUAUGCCGAAGGGAAAUAG